CACGAAAUAAAAGAAACCGAAGGUUCUUCAUCUCUCUACAGAGGCCAAGCGUUUUUUACUAUUCUCUGCUUUCAAUUUCGGUUUUAGGGAUUUCUGUAAAUUCUCUGUCGUUUAUUCAUUUUCUGUGUUCAUUUCUAAAGUGAAAGCAAAUCUCUAAAAAUCUGUACAUACAAUUGCUUCUCUUUCUUCUUCGUCGCCUCUUCUUUUACAUCCCUAAAAUUACAGAACACUCUCCCCCAAUUUUCAGUUCUGUGCUUCUUGUUGAUUUGUGUAUAGAUAUAAAUUUUAAGCCAGGUCUUCUAGAUUUCUAACGCUCACGAUCCAAUUGGAUCUUUCUUUACAUCUCUCUCUCUCUCUCUAAAAAAAGCCCGUUCCUUAUUAUUAAGAACGUAUAACCCUUACAAAAUUUGUUGGUUUUAGGAGAAAAUUAGUGGGUGUUUGUUAAAAUUUAAUCUAAUUGAGCAUAUUGCUUGAUUUGGGUUUCUUUUUUGUUUGUGAUCUAAACCAAAAUCUGGUUUCAAUAGUGCCUACUGCCUAUGGCUGUCUCAACGAUAGCUUUAUAUGCGAGCCCGCCUAGCAGCGUAUGUUCAGCGCCACAUCCGUGCCAAAUCAACUCACACGCAACGUAUGAUUUUGAGUUGAACUCGAGAACUUCAGCGACACCUUCAUCUAGUGCAUCUUCGCAUAAAUCUGUGGUUGGAGGCUUGUCCUGUUUGUUUUCGUCUUCACCAGUGAAACAUUCAUCGUUUUCGGGUGACAGAGAGGAGCUGGGGUCUUUGUGGCAUGAUAGAGGAGAGGAUUUGAAGGAAUUGAGCUGUUCGUUUCGGUUUUCACCGAGUAAAUAUCUCGGUGGGUCCUCUAUAAAGAGGGAUCAAAGUCCAAUUUCGGUGUUGCAAGGUCCAGUCUCGUGUUCUACUAGUCCUCCCGUGAGGAUUGCUCGAGAAAGAAGCGCUGAUAUCGGUUUCCAAAGUUCGAUUCAUGGUUCAUUUCGCAGUGGGACUAGUGGACUGUUUAAUGGGUUCGUGAGAAAUGCGCUGGGUUCCUGUGUUGACUAUGAUUCGCCUAGUUUUGAGGUUCACAGUGUUGGGACUGAUGUGGGUUCCUCAUCUGUUGCUGCUGAUGAACUGACAUUUAACAUGGAGGAUACAUUUGUGGAGGCUAAUAAUGAGCCUUAUGCCAAAGAAUUGCUGCUAGGGGCACAGAUGAGGCACAAAGUAUUCUUCGAUGAUUUUGUUAUCAAGGCUUUUUAUGAAGCUGAGAAAGCACAUAGAGGACAGAUGCGGGCAAGUGGGGAUCCAUAUUUGCAGCAUUGUGUGGAGACUGCAGUUUUGCUCGCAACUAUUGGCGCUAACUCUACAGUGGUUGCUGCAGGGCUUUUACAUGAUACUCUUGAUGAUGCUUUUUUAAGCUAUGACUAUAUCCUUAGGACAUUUGGAGCUGGGGUAGCCGAUUUGGUGGAAGGGGUAUCUAAGCUUAGUCACUUGAGUAAGCUUGCACGUGAGAACAACACAGCAAGCAAGACUGUUGAAGCAGAUCGGUUGCAUACCAUGUUCCUUGCUAUGGCAGAUGCCAGGGCUGUCCUGAUAAAGUUGGCAGAUCGAUUGCAUAAUAUGAUGACAUUAGAUGCAUUGCCUUUGAUCAAGCAACAGAGAUUUGCUAAGGAGACUUUAGAGAUAUUUGCUCCAUUGGCAAAUCGUUUAGGAAUCUUUAGUUGGAAAGAGCAAUUAGAGAACCUGUGUUUCAAGCAUCUCAACCCAGAGCAGCACAGAGAUUUGUCCUCUAGACUUGUGCUGUCAUUUGAUGAGGCAAUGAUUACUUCUGCAAUAGAGAAAUUGGAGCAAGCUCUUAAGGAUGAAGGCAUUUCAUACCAUGUUCUGUCUGGACGGCAUAAAAGCUUGUAUAGCAUUUAUUGCAAAAUGUUGAAGAAGAAGCUCAACAUGGAUGAGAUUCAUGAUAUUCAUGGUCUGCGUCUGAUUCUUGAAAAUGAGGAAGACUGCUAUAGGGCAUUGGGAGUUGUUCACCAGUUGUGGGCUGAAUUACCUGGAAAAUUCAAAGAUUACAUAAAUCAUCCUAAGUUCAAUGGGUAUCAAUCUCUCCAUACUGUAGUAAGGCCUGAAGGAAUGGUGCCACUUGAAGUUCAAAUCCGUACAAAGCAGAUGCAUUUGCAAGCUGAGUUUGGAUUUGCAGCUCAUUGGAGAUACAAGGAAGGUGAUUGCCAACACUCUUCAUUUGUGCUUCAGAUGGUUGAGUGGGCUCGAUGGGUUCUGACAUGGCAGUGUGAGGCAAUGAGCAAAGACCGGCCUUCCAAUGGCCAUGCUGAUUCCGUUAAGUCUCCCUGUGCAUUCCCUACUCAUUCUGAUGAUUGCCCAUAUUCCUACAAGCCCCAAUGUGGCCAGGAUGGACCUGUCUUUGUCAUCAUGAUUGAGAAUGACAAGAUGUCAGUGCAAGAGUUUCUUGCAAACUCAACUAUGAUGGAUUUGCUGGAAAGGGUUGGGCGGGGAAGCUCGAGAUGGUCUCCAUAUGGGUUCCCUGUAAAGGAAGAAUUGAGGCCAAGGUUGAAUCACAAGCCAUUGAGUGAUCCCACAUGCAAGCUGAAGAUGGGGGAUGUGGUAGAGCUGACUCCAGCUAUACCUGACAAGUGUUUGACGGAGUGCAGGGAAGAGAUUCAGCGCAUGUACGACAAGGGAUCAACUAAUGUCUCGAGUACAGCAACUGCCUCUGGUGGGACGGUUGGCUGGAGAAGCUGACUGUUAAGUGAUCGUAUGUCAAGUAGCAUACCAUUUAGUGACCAUUGGUUAUUCUUGUGUAUACAUAUGUUUGUACAGAACAGCUAUAAUGGUUCUGGUAUUAGGACACAAUGACUAAUUACAUUCAAAAGAGCCACCAAAAGAUUUAUUUCAUAUUCCCACAUUGGAUGCAGGCUACUAAAUUGUGCCAAAGCUUCCUCUGAAGGCAGUAUUGUAUCAUUUGGCAACUGGCCUGUAGAUUUAAAAUGUUAUUGAACUCUUCAAGCUUUGAAGCAAAAAUGCUGCAGUUUGUUCGCUUUUA